AUGUUUAGCCAACGAAUUGUCCGCCCUGGCCGUCGACUGGCGCAGGCAGCGACUCGAUCCACAGCCCGGAACGGCACGGUGAGACGAGGCUUUGCUGGCGAGGCCAGCUCCACGUCUGCUUCCUCGAAAACUACCGCCCCUCCUCCUCCUCCUCCUCCUCCUCGAAACAACUCUGGCAGCAGGAUUGCCCUCUACGGACUCGUCUUCACAAGCCUCGGCGCCGCCGCCACCUGGAAAAUCAUGACCCAAGCCGGCAUGGGCUUCUACUCCGACUCGGACAGCAACGAGCGGGCCGCCGCGCACGCCGCAGCCCACGGCGACGACACGGCGCAGCGCAUCGAGGCCGCCAUCAACGCGCACCCGCUCGUGGCCGCGCUGCGCGCACAGCCCGAGAUGACGGAGUCGCGGCCGCACAUGAAGAUGCCGGCAUCGUACCGGCAGCACACGCUGACGGGCGGCGCGCUGCUCGGCCCCGGUAAGCUCGCGGUGCCGCCCUUUUCGUGGACCGAGGACGGCGGCCGCUCGCUCGUCGGCGUGUCGUACGUCGGCGCCGAGCUGUGCGGUCACCCGGGCAUCGUGCACGGCGGCCUCAUCGCCACCAUGCUCGACGAGGGCCUCGCGCGCUGCUGCUUUGGCGCCCUGCCGCACAACAUUGGCGUCACGGCCAACCUCAACAUCGACUACCGCAAGCCCAUGCCUGCCGAUAGCUUCCUCGUGCUGCGCGCGACAACGACAAAGGUGGACGGCCGCAAGGCCUGGGUCAAGGGCCAUAUUGAGCUGUUGCAGGACGAGGGCGCGAAGCCCAUCAUCUUUGCGGAAGCCACGGCCAUGUUUGUGUCGCCCAAACACGCGGCGGCCAUGCCCAAAAUCCAGUAA